AUAACAUCUGAAGCCUGAAGAAAGACUUGCAAUAGGCAGAUUCAGCUCUUAACUAAUGUAUCUUCAACUUAUGAUGAUGUACAUUUACCUUGUAUGGGAAACUUAUAUCGAUUUACCAUCUUCAUGAGCCCAGGUGGAGCAGAACAGUAGGACGUUAAACCCCAUUUCAAUUCAUUUUUAAAGAUUUAAAAGUACAUGGUGUAGUCUAACCCUCCAGAAUUAUAUAAUACACUUAAAUAUACCACUGUUUCACCAUGACAGGAAUGUGUAGGGUUUGCUGAUAUAGCUUUUUCCUUUGGACUUGAUGUGUAAAACAAGUCACUUUGAUGUAUCUUAUGUAAUAAGACUGAAAAUAUCACAUUAGAAUAACAAAGGAUUGUGAUUUGUUGUUAAAAUAUGCUGGGUAAUAGUGUCAUCUCAUGAUUUAAUUAUUUUAUUACAGCUGCUAUAGGUGCUACAGAAUUUAUUAAUACAGUGAUGUCUAUAUUAGAAGGUAUAUCCCAGCAUCCAUCAAUCAUUAUACAAUAUCAUCAGGUUGUCACGGAAACCAUUCUUCCAUCUUUAGCUACUCUUAUUAAAAGUUCAAAUGUUGAUACAAAAGUUUUAUCUUUACGCCUUUUUACGGAGAUAUCAUCAAUAUAUUUAAGUCAAGAUCAGUAUAGUAAUAAUAUCGAAAAUAAAAUCGACACACAACGACUUCAUCAGAUCAUUACAGAAAAUCUUCUAACACAAUUUGAGUCGAUAUUAUUAGACAUGGACCCACUUCCUAGUUAUGCGUUAAAGUUAAUUUUAUCAUUACUAGAACAGAAUACAAGUUUUAUAAAACAAUUUGAAGAUAAAGGUUUAAUACCAGUUAUAUUUACAGUUCUACAGGAUAAUAUAGAUGAUGAUCAUCAGAAUAAUCCUUCCAGUACCACCAUGCAAAGUAUUGUUGGUAUUAUAAAUUGUCUGGUCAGCAAUAGACAGACGAAUGUACAGGAAUUAUAUGAUCAAGGUAUGAUAGAUAAUAUAACGACGUUAUUUUUCGAGGUAUCUGGUGUAUGUUUUGAUGGAGAAGAAAGUGGACAAGAUAUUAAAUCAGCUACUACCAUGUUACAAGCUCUACUAGAAACUCUAUAUAAUAUACUUAAAUAUGUCUCGGAUAUUGUACGAAAAGCUUUACAGUCUAAGAAAGGUGGAGCAGCUACAGCAGGUAAAGAAGCUGAAUGGGCUGAACAACUACUGAUGUAUAAUAAACCUCUAACAGAUCUAACAUCAGUUCUAACACAGUUGCUAUGUUAUGAUGAUAGUGAUAUAUAUGAUAUAACUGUUAAAUCACUGUCGUUAUUAGUUCAGCUAUAUGGUGGAGAAAAUAAAGAUUCUAUGUCCACUGAAAACAUGGAAUUCUACAGUAAUGCUCUAAAAAAGGCUGAUGUGAAAAAACAGAAAAUUCUACUCCGAGUCAUCAAAAGAUUGGUUGGAACAGAUAGUAAACAUGCUGAUAGUAUGAAACAACAUGGACAGAUAUUAGCUAAUACUAUAAAAUCAUUGGUACAAACAGCAAGUUCUCAUGCUGAUGUUGGUAUGUCAAGUUUAGCUGCUGAAAUCCUGAAAGUAACUGGCCAUUUAUAGUGCUUUAAAACAUGGCCAUUUCAAUUGAAGAUGUCCAGAAAUUUGUUAACAAGAAAGGCUGCAUUGUGACUAUGAUGUUGUUCAAAUGAACAUUGUGACUAUGAUGUUGUUCAAAUGAACAUUGUGACUAUUGGGUUAUUCAAAUGAACAUUGUGACUACAGGGUUAUUCAAACAAACAUUGUGACUAUGGGGUUAUUCAAAUGAACAUUGUGACUCUGGACUUAUUCAAACCAACAUCGUGGAAUUCAAUUCUCUCAGUCCCUUAACCACCAAAAAUUAGGUCAACACCGUCCAACUAGACUGUUUUAUCAUAUAUCAGUUUUAAGAUUAGCAAAAGUAUAUUUUUGGUAUAUUUGAGAACAUGUAUCAUACAUUAAAACUAACUAAAAACUGUAAAUUCUGGUAAAUUUCUUAAUUUGCCAUUAUGAUAAAAAGGAAAUCUCUAUUAAAAUAUUUGUUUUGUACUAUAUCAAGUGGAUAUUUAUUACAGGUAUUAUUAUUACAAAUGAUUCUCACAAUCAAUUGUUAAUGAAUGAUUGACAAAUUAUUAAUCAAAACAUUUUUAUCAUAAUCCUUGAGGGGAAUUUGGUGAUAGAGCAGAUCAAAAACUCAAAAACCAUUUAUAUGGAAUAUGACUGGUUUAUUAUAUAUAUGUUUUUCCUUUUCCACUACAGGGGGUUGGAUGGCUAAAUGGUUAGCAGGUGGUUUUCAUUCCCCACAUGUACAUGACAAGGAGUAGGGUUGCCUGUCCAACCUCGUGGUUUUCUCCGGGCCUCCGGUUUCCUCCCACUGCUAAAGACCCCUACAUGUAAGCGAAUUAUUGAAAUAAAAUUGAACCAUAUGUUAGUCCCGAAAUGACCUAGUUUGUGUCGAGUGGACGUUAAACCUACUACACGGGAACACUUGUCAAAACUUAGCGCUAUAAGUCAGUGAAUGUAGGUAUUCCAUAUAGAUGGUUGCUGUGUUUAUAGUUUAUCAUGUUGUCCAAAUCAUAUAUUUGUUUGGUUGUUUGUAUCUGAAUGUUGUUUAUGCAUAAAUGUUUUAUAAGAUAAUAAUUUCUGUUAUAUUUUUAUUUUAUUUUGAUGUAUUUAUAAUAUUAUUGUAAAGACUGCCGUCCAUAUUAAUUUGUUAAAGUCACUUAAAUUAUGUUUUUGUUGUAUUCCUGUAUCACCAUCAGAACUUUGCAUGGUUAUUGAUUCUGUAUUGAAUUAAUUUAUAUAAUUAUAUAAUUAGAGCAUGUAAACACGGGUUUUAGGCAGGCUGUCAGCUGCUUAUUAUCAGAACACAAUUUCUAUGGGCUAUAAACACUAGUUUUAUUAUAAGCACAAUGUUCCAACAAGUAUCCUCAUAUCGAUAGUAAACUUAAGGUAAAAACAAUUGUCUUCUUUUAAUGUGUUUCUCAGUUACUAAAUAAAACUUAAAGAGUAUGACAGCUGUAUAAUGAUUUAUAGUAAUUCUCUGAUGAAUAUAUGCAGUGCCGGAUUUAUCUAAAGAAUUGGCUGGCUGAAGCAUAGAGCCGCAAAAAAAAUCCUCGACCCUGCUCAAUUGUAUUUAAAAGACACUUUCAUCUAGAAGUGGCCCCCAUAAGUGUGAUAGCCUAGGUCCUCUCUUUAUCUAAAUCUGACACUGUAAACGGUCUCAAAAACCAGCUUUAAUUGUACCCAUCCUGCACUAUCAACCUAUUUUACUACUUUCAUAUUGAUCAUUUAUUUUUUCCAUCUAACAUUUAAAAAUUCGUCCUGGGAUGUAAGUACUGAAAAUGUAAAUUUGUUUUAUCAAAGAGAAUAAUCUGUAUGUCAGAUUAAAUUUAGCAUAAUUACAUUCUGCUUUCUCAAACAUAUUAAUGAAUUUGAUCAUAUUGUCAUUGUUCUAUCAUACAUGUAAUAAAAUUUACAA